AUUCAAUUUUGUAAACAGUGAAGUGAAGUGUUUUGUAAUGAAAAACUUCAAACUUCUUUAAGAAAAUUUUGUGAAGUUCGAAUAAAUAAAAGAACAAUGGAAAAUAGUGAAAGUGGAGACGAUAUGCAACAUGCUUUUCUAACUGUAAAAGCUGAUUAUAUGGUCCCGGAUGAUUUAGACGAUGAUGGUGACCAUUUAACAGCUGAGAACACUGAUGAUUCGAAUCACGACGGCAAUGAUAAAUUGGGUUUACCAUUACGUGAACAGGAUAGAUUCUUACCUAUUGCAAACGUUGCAAAAAUAAUGAAAAAAGCGAUUCCUGAAUCUGGGAAGAUUGCAAAGGACGCAAGAGAAUGCGUUCAAGAGUGUGUAUCGGAAUUUAUAAGCUUUAUAACAAGCGAAGCAAGUGAUCGUUGCCAUAUGGAAAAACGGAAGACAAUUAAUGGGGAAGAUAUUCUAUUCGCGAUGACUUCGUUAGGAUUCGAUAACUAUGUGGAACCUUUAAAACUAUACUUACAAAAAUAUCGUGAGGCUACCAAAGGAUAUAAAACAUUAGAAGUACUAAAUUUCGAUGAAACACCUGAAGAUCCGUUUAGUAAUACACAAAUUAUAAAUGGAAAUAUUAUUGGACAAGGUGGUCAAGGCGAAACGGUUAUAUACACAGCGUAUCCAGAUCAAAUACAACAGUUUCAAUUAGGCUAAGGUUCAUUCAGUUUCAAUUCUUCGUUCAUUUACGUAUACAUUCUAAUAAGUCUAGCACUAGGCGUGUCAGUAUUUGACAGUUAUUUCAUAACGACUGGAAACUUGAAAGGCUAUUGUCAAAGAUGCGCCAAACUAUUUUUUCUUUUACAUAAAUUUUUAUAGAUGGGAACUUUUUUUCAGGGAUCGAUGUUGACGAAUAUGUAUUAGGAAUGAUAAUCAGGUUAGGAGAGAAUGUAAGGUAGUUCUGCCAUUUGAGUCAAGUUCAUAGAAACAUGUUGAUAUAUACGUGCACGAUUUGUGACAACAGUCAUGUUACUGUAUAUAAUACUUAAACAUAGCGUGUAUACAAAUACAAAUCACUUUGCCUGACUCUCAACAAAGCAGGAUAUCUGAAGUUCCACAUUUUGAACAUUAAUAGUAAUCUUUAGGGGGUUGGACGAUGGAUAUCUCGUUCUUCAAGCGUCGAGCAAAAUAAUUUUUAUGUUUUUUAUUUAAUUAUCUUCUCAUUUGAAUAUCGUUCUUAUAUCGUAUGAAUAAGUAUUAAUUUAAAGCUUACAACAAAAUUAAAAUUAAAAGGUCUCCCUAAAAGAGGAAUUCUCUAAAAUUUUUGUGGAAAAAAAUGUUAUCAGGCGCUAGAUUGUAUUAGUUUCUCAAAUUUCCAGCCAUUCUGGAAUCAUUGUCAAACACUACGCCUGAUUCUAGACCUAUAAAUCAGUCAUUUGAGGAUUUUUAUUCUGUGUGGACGGAGUUUUUGCUACUUCUAGUUUUAUGUUUAAUUUAAAUGUUCUAAUGUUGGCGAAAGAAAUACGGAAAGGAAAGAGUUAGUUAUUUUCUUCAUUUAUUUAUAAUUUUGGCUCUAAUAUUAGGCGUUAAAAAAUUCUUUUUUGACUCCGAUGACCGAUAUUUUUAAAAUAAAAAUCCAACCGUUUUAGGAAUUACAGCAUUUCCAAUUUUUAAAAUCUGUACAGAAUGUCUCAGAAAAUCUAUUCGAAAACAAACAAUUUUAUGUUUGAAAAUUUUUGCUCGUAUGUAGCUGAUAAUAUAUCGUCGCAAUAUGGCUCUUAUAAUCAUAAAAUGAAGCUCGAAAAUAAAAAGAAUAGUUAUUCUGUGACACGUUGUAGGUUUGCCAUAAAUGUGUAUGUAAAUAAAUGAUUUUCAGAAAGUUUUCAAUACUAUUUUUUAGUGAUUAGAAUUCAUUUAACAAUGUUAUUUUAAUGUAAUUGUAAGCAUUUUUUAAAGAUGGUUUCUGUUCAUUGUCCACUUUCCCAAGUUAAAUAAGGAAGUAAAUAAAAAUUAAGAAUAAAAA